AUGGCUUCGUCAGAGAUACGGCGCAUAGCUCUCGCCGACCCACAUUCCUCCUACCCGCCGAGGUUUGUCAUCGGAGGUCAAGUCUCUCAGAAUGUCUCUGGUGAUGUGAAGAUGUACGAGUGGAGGAGAGAGAAAGGAGAGAUGGGAAUGGUCGGACUACAGACUGAUGUUGGACAGAUACGGUCGAUGGCAUGGACACCUCUCCCCACUCAUCGCAACAUACUAGCAACAGGUCUAUCAACCGGUAAAACUCUCCUACUGUCCUUAUCACCUUCUACCCUCUCACUCCCACUGUCUUCAUCGUUAUCCUCACCCGCAUCAACCAUCGCAACUUUGAACGUCAAGUAUUCCCGACCCGUGACGUCCAUCGCAUUCUCCUCACUUGACUCCAACUACCUCGCAACAGGAUACGAAAAACAUCGAUCUGAAUAUUCCCUGUUGAUAUGGGACAUUGCAGAUGCCAUCUCCGCUUCUGGUAUACCUCCAGAUGGAGAAAAGGAAUGGGAAAGACCAAUUAUCGAAAGUCGUCUAGAAGUUACGAACUUGACAGCCAAGAUUAAUAUAACUUCUGAACCACGACAUAUUCAACAUUAUUGUCCAUCUGAAAAUGUAAAUUCACUUUCGUUCUUACCUAACUCUAUAAAUCAAUUAUUGGCCUCAGUGAGCGGCAAGACAAUAAGGUUAUAUGAUCUAAGAUCACCUUCUCCACCUUCUCAAUCUCAAAAUCAGAAUCAGGCGAGCUCACCAGGUGCUCAAGGAUCGACAGUAAUUGGAUCAAGUAGUCAAUGGACCACUCGAGCUGUUUAUGGUCUAACACCCAAUCCAUCUACACAGAAGGAAGGUCUAUUCGCAAGUUACGAGAUUAUCCCUGCUGGUGCGAAUACCCAUUCGAUAGUUAGAUUAUGGGAUGUUAGGAAACCAGGAUAUGAGAUUUUGAAUUUUGACGUAGCUGGAAGUAUCGUCGGAUUGGAGUGGAAGAAAGGGAAUAAUGAUGGAUUGUUGGGUGUGGGGACGAGAGAUAAAGGUGUGGGAGUAUGGGAAAUCAUAGAAGGAAAGAGAGUAGAGGAUGAAAAAAUCGUUGAAGAAUGGGUGACAUUGGGUGGUAUGAGACAGAUUGUCAAACCCAGACAGAACCUACAUUCAUUCACAUUCGCUCCCUCAGAGCAAGGUCAAGGGGACGUCAUGUUCGUCUUGAAGGAUGGAACAAUCGGUAUAGGUCCUAUAGGAACAGCCCCAGUGUUCUCCGGCGGACCCCAAGGCGAUGUCGCAAUCUGCGCACCAUCCUUACGAGUCCUAAACCCCGAUGAAAUUUCAGAAAGCUCUACCCCCAAUCAACCCGAAUCACCUACCACACCCUUACCUCCCUCACGUCCUGAGCCAGAGGAGCCCGAACCGAUCCAUCGAGCUAAUCGAUUCCAACUUGCCCCCGAGCGAGUGACGCAACUGAUUGCUGAGCGGUCGAGAUCUUCUUCCCCUGUACCUUCACCAUUACUCGGUUCGACUACACCAGGACUGGAUAGAACACCAUUUGGAAGUAUCUCUGGAGGUCUGAGGGAAUGGUACGAAGGCACAAAAAAGCGGGACUUGGUGGAUGAUAAUGAGCAACUCAUAGGUGGUUGGGAUGGAUGGAGGAGGACGUUGGGAAGUGAUGUAGGUGUGGUGAUGAGACGGAGAGCGAUGGAGGGAUAUGGAUUGGAUGAUCUAUUGUUGAACGCGGCUAUAGCUACUAGACAUCCAGGUAAAGAGCGUCUAGCUGGAAUAUGGGAGUUCAUUGAUCAUCUUACUCAUGUCAUGUCACCUUCUUUAUCAUCUUACCGAGGCUACAACCUCACUCACCAUGGUGUUUACCCCUUAUGGUUCGGCAUAUCAAGCGAACACAAUCAACCUUCAUCACCUUCAUCCAUAUAUUCAGCUGCAACAUUGACUGAUACACAUCCACAUUAUCACCCACCGUUACGUCAAUCAUCAACAUCUGCGGCGUGGACUUCACUGAAAUCGCAAUCUGCUACACCCGCACAUUCCAGACAAACUUCUUCACCUAUGCCCGGAAGAGGUACCACCACGCCAGUUACGACUCACCGAGAACGAAAAGCCUCUGACAGAAGGGGGGAUACAGAUUUGGAUAGGGAGUACAUCCAAGCUGUGGAAAGUCUGAAUGAAAGGCGGAAAGAGGUCGGAGGGAUUGGUCGACCAGGUACAGUGAGAGCUGCUGUAGGAGGGGAAAAGAUGGAAUUGAGGAAAUUGAUUUUGAGUGUGUGUGGAGAGAAUGGGGAACGUGCGAAGGACGAAUCAGACAGAUUGGUGACUAGUGGACAGAGGACCAAAGCUGCUUUCAGAGCUUAUUUCGCGGGUGAUGAAGCUGCCACGAUAUCAAUCCUGAUGGCUAGUGAAGACCAGCAUCAUCGGUUACUCGGAUCGACCAUAGCAGGAUUUAUGACUCAAUCUGCGUCUGCACGAGGAUCCGAGUUUUUCAAUUCUCAUUGGCAAGGAUUGGUAAAUCGUGUGGAUGACCCUUUCGUACGAGCUAUACUGAGUAGGAUAGGUGGUGAUGAUUGGGAAUCUGUCUUGGAAGAAGAAGGAAUACCCCUGUUGGAUAGGAUCGGUGUGGGUGUACAACACCUGGAUGAUAGGGAGUUUUCGAUAUUCCUACGUGGUCGAUUAUCUAGAUUAACACGUUCAAAUUCUCUUCAUCUCCUCGCCUUGACCGGACUCUCAGGACCUGGUAUAUCCCUCUUAUCAAGGUAUCUAGCUCGAACAGGUGAUAUACAAACUGUAUCGAUCUUAUCGUGUUUGUUCCCAUUGAACAAGUUGACCAAGGAUGAAAGACAGAUAGUGAAAAGAUGGAGAGAAUGUUAUAGGGAUAUGCUUGAUUCGUGGGGCAUGUGGGGCGAGAGAUGUGAAUUCGAUGUUAGGUCGGGUGAAUUACAACGCGCCCUCAGCGGCGGUGGGGAUGAGGGAAUAGGGGUUGGAGGCAUAGGAGAGAGAUGUCCUGUAUGCAAUAACCUGUUGUCAAAAGAGACUGAGAGUAGAUUACAUCGUAAACACGCUAUAAGAGGUAAUGUGAAUGUAGGCUGGCCAAGUGAGAGGACUACUACUUGCAUGUACUGCUCCGCAGCGUUACCACGAUGUGUGAUAUGCUUGAUGCAUGUUGAUCCACAACGGCCCCCACCAUCAACGGGAGGAGAGGAAGAACACCCUGAGCAUAUCACGGACACCAUAGAUGCUGCCUAUGUAUGUUGUCUGACAUGUCGACAUGGAGGUCACGCAAGUCAUAUCUUACCAUGGUUCGAAGGUGGAUUAGACGGACAUGGAUUACCUCAUUCGAAAUGUCCUGUCAUGGGAUGUGAUUGUGAAUGUGCUAGCUUGUAG